AUGGCGCUCCUCCGGGACCCACCCGCCCAAGGGAAAUACGCCGCCCUCAAAGAGCUGCUUCUUCGGCGCUAUGCCCUCUCCGACACCGAACGAGCCGAAAAGCUCCUCAACCUGUCAGGCUGGGUGGCGCCGCACUUUCGACGUUCACGCCCUGGCUACGGACACGCCGGCGGCACCUUCCACGCCUCCACCUGCCUCCCCCGGAGCAUCCGCCCCCUUGCUGACGGCAGGGAUUGCUACACGCCGGCACCGCGGAAAGAGCAUCUGUUUCUACCAUCAGCGUUUUGGCGACAGAGCGCGUCGCUGCCUGCCGCCUUGCGCUUUCACGGCCCAGGGAAACGGACCCGCCAGCGCGCCGUAGCAGCCGCGACCGCUGGCAAUACAGAAAGGCUGCUCUUCAUAGAGGACUCGCGCUCCGGGAGACGUUUUCUCGUGGACUCCGGCUCCCAGAAGAGCCUCCUUCCCCCUACCGCUGCCGACGGACUAGCAGCGAACUGUGGGCCGCAGCUCAUUGCAGCUAACGGCUCUCCCAUCAAAACGUUUGGGGAAAGGUUGGUGACUGUUUGUUUUCAUGGCCGGGAUUUCCAGUGGAACUUUGUUGUUGCUGCUAGCUCUGUACCUAUUUUGGGUGCUGAUUUCCUGUGUGCUCAUGGACUACUUGUCGAUGUCGCUAACAGACGUUUAAUCGAUGCUCUCUCGUUUUCUUCGCUACCCUGUUUUACUCGGGCCGCCGAGCCCCUGAUUCGGGCUAAUGUAGUGACCUCCGGGGAUGCUUUUCAGCGUUUGCUUUUAGAGUUUCCAUCGCUGUCUGUCCCUAAUUUCUCUAGCACGGUAACGAAGCAUGGGGUUGAGCAUUAUAUUCCCACGGUCGGGCCCCCGGUGUUCGCGCUUGCGCGCCGCCUCGACCCCGCGAAG